CCGUACCCCGAGCCGUAACUUGUCACUCGUGGGCUACCGUUGACCAAUGUAGCUGUUGAGUUUUGAAACGCUUUCUUGUGCAAAUCGUUAUAACAACGUUGCUGUGUAUAUAUAUGUAUGAUUAAUUUGUCAUCGAGGGAGCAGCAAAAGUCACCAUGAGUGUCCAGCAAACAAAUCCUAACAACCCGAUCGUUUUCUUCGAUAUAACCAUCGGAGGACAAGAUGUUGGGCGAAUGAAGAUUGAGUUGUUCGCUGAUAUAGUUCCAAAGACAGCAGAAAAUUUCCGGCAGUUUUGCACUGGAGAGUUCAGAAAGGAUGGAGUCCCUAUUGGAUACAAAGGUUGCACAUUCCACAGGGUGAUCAAAGACUUCAUGAUCCAGGGAGGGGACUUUGUAAAUGGUGAUGGCACUGGCAUUUGCAGCAUCUACAGAGGUCCAUUUGCAGAUGAAAAUUUCAGAAUGAAGCAUUCUGCCCCCGGUCUUCUGUCCAUGGCAAAUAGUGGUCCCGGGACAAAUGGGUGUCAGUUUUUCAUUACCUGCACCAAAUGCGACUGGUUAGAUGGAAAACAUGUUGUUUUUGGAAAAGUGGUUGAUGGCUUGCUGGUUAUGAGGAAAAUUGAGAACGUUCCUACAGGUCCCAACAACAAACCCAAGCUCUCCAUCCUCAUCGCCCAGUGUGGAGAAAUGUGAUCCAGCUCGCUCACAACACCAUUCAUUUUCUUUUGGGAAGCCAUACAAGCUCCUUACACAUGAACCAAUGUCUUAUUAUUCCUGAGUCCCCCUCCGCCCCCCUGCAAAACCUCACUCUGUAUAUUAAAGGCAGUAGGCAGUAGAGAUGUCAUCUCCCAUGAUGCACCAUGGAAUAUAUUAUGCCGUUCAGAGCAUGUCAUUUCCUGUGAUUUUUAAUAAUGGUGAUAUACUGUUGAGGGGUCUGAUGUCAUGAAACAUUAACGUACGCAUCAGAAUCCCAGAUAAGAUCAUUCACAUCUUGUAACUUCCUGUGUGGCAUCUAAUACUGCCUGAACAAGAAAACCUGGUGUUCAGGUCCACGGUUGAUGUUUGGCUCUCAGUUCAGAUUUAGGACAGUUGAAGUGUCCUGUCAUGGAAGGAGAAUUUAGACAAGGUCACGUUCCUUCAUGCUUAAAGAAGAAUUUAGGCGGCAUGUCAACAUUUCCUAUUCACAAGUCAGCUACACUUUGUAUCAAAUUAUUGACCAAUAAAUUGUUUUACAUUUUUAUAAA